ACUAUUAAAUUUACAACAGUUUCACAUUCAAUUGCUGAACAAACUAAUCCAGAAUGUCAACACUGGGAAACAUUUUGUUCAAUGGCUGAAAAUGCAAAAUAUGCAAACUUUCAGUGUAUCGAUAAUACAGUAUUUUAUUAUGAAGAUAAUGAAAAAGAGGAAUGGGAUCGGAGUAGACAACUGUGUGCACAAAAAUUUGGUGCCACUCCUGAUGCAGAUCUCGUAGAGCUUUCACAAGAUUUUAAUAGAGACAAAGCUGCAGAAGUUAUGAUGUCUUCACUGAAUCUUAAAUCAAACGCUGAAUUGGCAACAAGUGGUGUGUGUUGUAUGAGAAAAAUAAGUGACACAAUGGUUGGUCAAAAGUGUCAGUGGCUAUCGAGUGGUCGCGAAAUCAAAUACAAUAAACCAGUUGAUGAUAAAUCUUGUCUCGUAAUUGUCACCACUUUUAAUAAAGAUAAUAAAAAAUUUGAUGACGUAUUUGGUGUAAUUAAAAAAGGCGAUGACUUUAAAAUGAAUUAUUUAUGUGCUUACAACUUACCAAAGGGUUGUCCACCGCGAACUAUUCCAACAACAACAGCACCGCCGCCGCCGAUAUCGACCACAACAACAGACAGUACGGAAACAACACAUACAACUGUUUCGAUCAGUACUAGUAGUGAAACACCGAAAAGCACAGUUAGCACGCCUUCGACCACUACCAUCGGUCCCGACACUGACGUACAAAAAGCUUUGGAUCAUUUGGAAAAACAAUUACAAAAACCAGACAUAACUACCACUGAUAUCAUCAAAUGUUCCGAUAAUCUCAAUAAACUUCUUAAAAAUAAUUCACUCGAAACUAAACAGACUUUAAACCAAACGCUUAAUAUUGUGGAUAAAAUGCAACAAAUGUUUUACUUGAAGAGUAAAAAUAUUAGUGAAUACAAAAGUUUUACUGAAAAUUUAGUGGACAGUUGUAGCAAAGUGUUGGACUGUGAUAAAGCCUGGUCUGGUGUCGACCAAAUUGAGAUGAAAGCUAACUUAAGUGCAAAUAUAUUGAAAUACAUGCAGGAGAGCUCGUUCAGGUUGGGCUGUAGGGGUGAAACUACUAAUAAUGAUUAUCCGAUACAAGAGAUUUCCAAAGACAACAUUGUUAUCCAUACAUUUCACAUGAAUUAUAACAACAAAACGACAUUCCGUGUCGAGAAAAUGCAGUCCUCGAUCACAAUCCCUGAGGGUAUACCCGAACCGGAACAGGAAAGGGAUUGUAUUCGUAAUACAGCAGUCGGGACUAUGUUUCAUAAAUUGGCUCAAUAUCUUAAAGAAGGGUCUAAUGAUAAGCGGAAUGUCAAUACAAAUAUUGUUGCUUUUAGUAUAAGGAAUACACAUAACAGUACACGACUUCCCCAUAAUGUUUCACCCGUUAAAAUUAGUGUCAAACACCACAAACAGCUGGUGUUUGGCGAUAAAAUGAGUUGUGUUUACUGGAACUUCCAGCAAAUGAAGUGGUCAUCGGAGGGCUGUUGGCUGAAAACAAGUGAAUCAAACCGACAAAUAACUGUUUGUGAGUGCAAUCAUUUGACAAAUUUUGCGGCACUUAUGGAUGUAAGCGGACGCGAGACCAACACUAAAGUUAAGGAUAUUUUAACAAAAGUCUGUUGCGGUCUAUCCAUAGUCUGUCUAAUAAUAACCAUCGCUUUUCUUACACUGAUUCGGACGUUACGUAAUAGACGUAACAAUAUUACCAGUAAUUUAUGUGUUUGUCUAUUGAUUGUUAAUCUGUUAGUAGUGUUUGGUAUGGAUUUAACCGAAUAUAAUGUAUUAUGCGAAACAGUGUCAACACUAUUACUAUAUUCAAUAUUGGCAUCAUUUUCAUGGAUGCUUAUGGAGGGCUACCAUUUGUAUCAGAUGAUAGUACUCGUGUUUAGUAAUAUCGGACACUUACGGCUCAUUUACUUAUACGCUAUCGGCUAUGGAUCACCACUUGUAAUCACUUUGUGUACAAUUUUAGCCAUUGGUUUUAACGAAGUCAAACAAAAUGACUCUUAUUUUUGUUGGAUAUCAUCACCAACACACCCCUACAGAGUAUGGGCAGUGGCCGGUCCAGCACUGGUAGUCAUACUGGCCAAUACAGUCAUUAUGUAUUUUGCAUUACGCGAAGCGUUUUCGGCAAAAAUGAAGAAAAAACAAAUCCAAGAAAAAGAUAUCACAGUUAGCUCUGCAAACAAUUCACAGAUCAUUAAUAUAAGCGAAAAAUUGUCGCAAAGUUUUUCGUGGAUGAAAGGCUUCGUGUCGUUAGUUAUUAUGUUAGGCAUUACUUGGAUAUCAUUUUUGCUUUAUAUACACGAAUUUGGACAACACUUCUCCUAUAUAUUCAUUGUAUUAAAUGGUCUCCAAGGUGUCUUUAUAUUUACUUUUCAAAUACUACUUAACGAAAAGGCCAGGAAUGUUGUGAGUAAGUCUUACCGCAAAAGGCAACCAUCGAGAUACCUGUCCUCUCUAUACAAGUCAACCUCAACCAAUGUAUUCACGAGUAUGAGAUCAAAGUCGUUAAGCAGAGAAAAGUCAUCCAACAGUUCAAAUAACUCUUCGUCUGACACCAAUUGGGCCAAACAGACCACCAAAAAGAGAUUGAGUCAAUCAAACAGCACGUCAUCCAUAGCCAGCCAUAAGAGUCAAACUAUUGCAAUGAGUAGAGUUAGAAAUGCAUCCAAUAGUAUAUUAUAUUAAGAUUAUUAUUAGUUUAUUUGUAUUACAGUGUAACUGAUAAUUGAAUCUUACUGUAGUAUAUAAUUUCAAUUGUCAAAUGUAUCAAUACCUGUAUUAAAACAAUUU